AGAGAUGGAUGGGGGAUGGAGAGAUGGAUGGGGUGAAAGGAGAGAUGGAUGGGGAAAGGGAGAGCGAGAGGCGUGGACAUUAAAACCAGGGACCUUGUAAUUCUGUUUCCCUGACAUUAAUUAGCUUUGGUUGGUUUGUUUAAACACAGUAAAAAUGAAUCACUCCUUUCCUCUGUGGGCUGGUUCCAGACAUAAGCGGUCUCACUCUUGUCUCAACUUAAUGUUGAGAGUUAUAAUAGUAUAAGUUCAAAAUUGUUGUUAGUCACUCUCACUCAGAUUCGCAUGAAAUGUGUUAUAAAAUAGCAAUCAUUAUCUACGCUCCAUGGCAAAUGUCUGGAAUUGCAGGAAAUUAACUUAAAUAAAAAAAUGUUCUCUCCACCAUCAAGAGGGGAACCACUAAAAUGUUUUGCCUGCUUGGUGGACAGAAACCAAAUGUCGCUUAAGGUCCCCAAAAGGCUAGAGGUGGCCCUGCCUCUGCUGCUGGGUGUUGGAGAGAGAACAGGAGAUCAUCCUGACUGUCCUCCCCCAGCUUUGGUCUGCUGAAGGAGAGGAGUGUUCAUCUUGGCCUCGACUGACUGUCUGAGAGAGACACCCCCACACACACACACACACACACAUUUUCUCUUUGCUCUCUCCGUCCCACACACACACUGUCACACACACUCCCUACAUUGCAUUAUCUAUUUGUGCUGGCAGACACCCUUGUCGGCCAAGGCAAUUUCCACUCGGCUAUCUGCCUGGGUUUUUACAUAUGGCCUUUUCAUAUACUGUACAGCCCAGAACUUACUGGGGUCUCGCUCUCUCUCUCAGCCUCUCGCGUGCCCUCUCAGCCUGUCGCGCACCCUCUCAGCCUCUCUCUCUCUCUCUCUCUCUCUCUCUCUCUCUGCCUCUCGCUCUCUCUCUCAGCCUCUCGCUCUCUCUUUCUGCUUCUCGCUCUCUCUCAGCCUCUCGCUCUCUCUUUCUGCUUCUCGCUCUCUCUCUCAGCCUCUCACUCUCCCUCUCACUCUCUCGCUCUCCCUCUCAGCCUCUCGCUCUCCCUCUCAGCCUCUCGCUCUCCCUCUCAGCCUCUCGCUCUCCCUCUCAGCCUCUCACGCGCUCUCUCAGCCUCUCACACGCUCUCUCAGCCUCUCGCUCUCUCUCUCAGCCUCUCACACGCUCUCAGCUUCUCGCUCUCUCUCUCAGCCUCUCACGCGCUCUCUCAGCUUCUCGCUCUCUCUCUCAGCAUCUCACGCUCUCUCAGCCUCUCACUCUCUCUCAGCCUCUCACGUGCUCCCUCAUCCUCUCACGCGCUCUCUCUCUGCUUCUCGUUCUCUUUUUCUGCUUCUUGCUCUCUUUUUCUGCUUCUCGCUCUCUUUCUGCUUCUCGCUCUCUUUUUCUGCUUCUCGCUCUCUUUUUCUGCUUCUCGCUCUCUCUUUCUGCUUCUCGCUCUCUUUUUCUGCUUCUCGCUCUCUUUUUCUGCUUCUCGCUCUCUUUUUCUGCUUCUCGCUCUCUUUUUCUGCUUCUCGCUCGCUCUCUCUCUCUCUCAAUUGAAUUCAAGGGGCUUUAUUGGCAUGGGAAUCAUAUUUUAACAUUGCCAAAGCAUGUGAAGUAGAUAAUAUACAAAAGUGAAAUAAACAAUAAAAACGAACAGUAAACAUUACCAAAAGAAUAAAGACAUUACAAAAUGUCAUAUUAUGUAUAUAUACAGUGUUGUAACGAUGUGCAAAUGUGCAAAUGAGUACAAAGUACAAAAGGGAAAGUAAAUAAGCAUAAAUAUGGGUUGUAUUUACAAUGGUGUUUCUUCACUGGUGGCCCCUUUCUUGUGGUAACAGGUCACAAAUCUUGCUGCUGUGAUGUCACAUUGUGGUAUUUCACCCAGUAGAUAUGGGAGUUUAUCAAAAUCGGGUUUGUUUUCAAAUUCUUUGGAUCUGUGUAUUCUGAGGGAAAUAUGUGUCUUUAAUAUGUCAUGCAGUUGGCAGGAGGUUAGGAAAUGCCGCUCAGUUUCCACCUCAUUUUGUGGGCAGUGUACACAUAGCCUGUCUUUUCUUGAGAGCCAGGUCUGCCUACGGCGGCCUUUCUCAAUAGCAAGGCUAUGCUCACUGAGUCUGUACAUAGUCAUAGCUUUCCUUAAGUGUGGGUCACUCACAGUGGUCAGGUAUUCUGCCACUGUGUACUCUCUGUUUAGGGCAAAAUUGUUCUAGUUUGCUCUGUUUUUUUGUUAGUACUUUCCAAUGUGUCAAGUAAUUAUCUUUUUGUUUUCUCAUGAUUUGGUUGGGUCUAAUUGUGUUGCUCUCCUUGGGGCUCUGUGGGGUCUGUUUGUGAACAGCUUGCUUAGGGGACUCUUCUCCAGGUGUAUUUCUCUGUAGGUGAUGGCUUUGUUAUGGAAGGCUUGGGAACCACUUCCUUUUAUGUGGUUGUAGAAUUUAACUUGUCUUUUCUGGAUUUUGAUCAUUAGCGGGUAUCGGCCUAAUUCUGCUCUGCAUGCAUUAUUUGGUGUUUUACAUUGUACACGGAGGAUGUUUUUGCAGAAUUCUGCAUGCAAUCUCAAUUUGGCGUUUGCCCCAUUUAGUGAAUUCUUGGUUGGUGAGCGGCCCCAGACCUCACAACCAUGAAGGGAAAUGGGUUCUACAACUGAUUCAAGUAUUUUUUGUCGUAUGUCAAAUUUUAUGUUCCUUUUGAUGGCAUAGAAUUCCCUUCUUGCCUUGUCCCUCAGAUCAUUCACAGCUUUGUGGAAGUUACCUGUUGCGCUGAUGUUUAGGCCAAGAGAUUUACUGUCAGGGCCCAGGUCUGACAGAAUCUGUGCAGAAGAUCUAGGUGCUGAUGUAGGCCCUCCUUGGUGUUCCGGACGGACUUCAUCACAGCCAUGAAGCUGCCAGACUCGGCCCAGCUGGGCCCCGAUGACUUCUAUGUGCUGUCAGACCCCUGGAGACAGGAGUGGGAGAAGGGGGUCCAGGUCCCUGCCAGCGUGGACGCCAUCCCAGAACCUGUCGUCAGGAUGCUACCAGAGGUGGGGCGUAUCCCAUUCUACUGGCCAGGGCAGGGCCGGGGGUGUGAGCUGGGCCUGGGUCUGGGCCAGGGGUGCAUGAAGACCACCAAUGAGCCCCAUAGCCGCUAUGACCUGGAUGACAUAGACGUGUCCUGGCUGGAGCUGGUUAACCUGGAGUUCAGAGAACUGGCGCUGCCGGAGCUGGACGAGCUGACCAUGGAGCGUGUGCUGGUGGAGCUGGAGAGCCAGUGUGAGGAGAACAUGCAGCAGGCCAUCGAGACGGAGGAGGGCCUGGGCAUCGAGUACGACGAGGAUGUGGUGUGUGACGUGUGCCGGUCCCCAGAGGGAGAGGAUGGCAACGAGAUGGUCUUCUGUGACAAGUGCAACAUCUGCGUACAUCAGGCGUGUUAUGGGAUCCUGAAGGUCCCACAGGGGAGCUGGCUGUGCCGAACCUGUGCCCUAGGGGUGCAACCCAAAUGCCUGCUGUGCCCCAAGAGAGGCGGAGCCCUGAAGCCCACCCGCAGUGGAACCAAGUGGGUCCAUGUCAGCUGUGCCUUAUGGAUCCCUGAGGUGAGUAUAGGCUGUCCAGAGAAGAUGGAGCCCAUUACUAAGGUGUCCCACAUUCCCGCCAGCCGCUGGGCCCUGUCCUGCAGCCUGUGUCGAGAACACACGGGCACCUGCAUACAGUGCUCCAUGCCCUCCUGUAUUGUGGCCUUCCAUGUGACCUGCUCGUUUGACCACGGCCUGGAGAUGCGUACCAUCCUGGCUGAGAACGACGAGGUGCGCUUCAAAUCAUACUGCCUGGAGCACAGCAGCACUACCGGCAACAGUAACCACGCUGCCGCUAUCGCCGGCAACAGUAACCACACCAACACCAUGACUGGUAACAGUAACCACACCAACGGCGCCCACUGCGCUGGUGCCAGCAGUAAAACGGACUGGGUCGGACACGGCAACGAGCACAGAGCCAACGCCGGGCCGGAACACCACCAAGCGGCCAGCGAGCUGCCACCUGUGGAGCGUCCAGACCGGGACCAGAUGGAGAGAGAGAAGGCCAGCCAGCGCAAACAGAAACUACAGGAGCUGGAGGACGAGUUCUACCGCCUGGUGGACCCCAAAGACGUGGCGGAGUGCCUGGGCCUGCCGGACACCCACGUGGACUUCCUGUACCAGUUCUGGAAGCUGAGGAGGAAGUCCAACUUCAACCGUCCGCUGGUGACGCUGAAAAGAGACGAGGUAGAUAACCUGGCUCAGCAGGAGCAGGACGUGCUGUACCGACGCCUCAAACUGUUCACACACCUACGCCAGGACCUAGAGAGGGUGAGGAACUUGUGCUACAUGGUGACGCGGCGGGAGAAGAUGAAGACUUCUCUGUGUGACCUCCAGGAGAAGAUCUUCCACCUGCAGAUCCAGCUGCUGGAGGAGGACCUAGCUGGAGAGAAAACCAUGAAGGGGCAGAAGGGAAAGCAGAACGGGGUGAAGGAGAGGGGGAAGGAGCGGCGGAAAAGCAGUCCAGAGAAGAAGAAUGAGAGGUGGAAGUGUGAGAAUGGAUCCCUCCUGAAACAGCUAGGUUUCCCCAAGACCUUCCCUCUGGACAACUCCCUGUUUGACAGCUGGCUGGCCCAGUCAGUGCAGAUCACGGCUGAUGACAUGCUGAGCAAGUGGGCCCUGGAAGCCGGGCAGCACCGUGACAAGACGGCCAACCUGCUGUCUGACCAGCUGCUGCAGGGAGAGGAGAACCUGCUCAGCCUUAUGAUGGACCACUCCAUGAAGUCCACCUGGAAGACCCCUCAGCUGGGCCGCAAGACCCGGGGCAAGCCCCGAACCCGGGGCCAUCACUCCACCACCAACACUGCCGCAGCAACAACCGACACCCCCCCUGCUGCUGCAGCCACCGCAGCCUCCACAGCCAAGGGGGCUCUACUGGCAGAGGAGAGGCCAGGCCAUGGGGCUCGUAGAGGGGAAAGGUCCCGGGGCACCAAGGCCCUCCACCACCGCCACCCCCAGACCAGGAGCACUGAGGCCCCUCUGGACCCGCCACCGCAGCCGCCCACCUCCAAAAUGGACUCCUGUCACAUCUCGGAGGAGCGUGGCCCCUGGGACAGCCUCACGGGUACUGGGGUAGCGUCCUCCCCCCUGGCCUCCUGUUUCCCCCCAUGCAGUAGUCCUGGGACAGUGCCUGAGUGGGGGUCAGGGGGUGGUCCCAUUCCCCGCACGGCCUUGCGCCUCCGCCUGCACCGGCAGGGCAAGUCCCGGGGGAAGGGUGGGGCGUUGCAGGAAGCUGUGGAGCGCCCCCUGGAAAGGGAGAGAGAGAGGGACCCCCACCCAGUGAAGGAGACAUCAUCAUCGCUGCUGGACCCGGAGACAGACUGCUACUUCUCUGACGCCGAGCAGAGCGACUCAGGCACACACUCCAGCGCCCGCAAGCUUCGUCUGGCUCAGUUGCAUUCUGGGAGCGAGGACCUGCUGAGGAGGAGCGUGCUGGCUUUGUAGAAAAAACUGAGGCGCGCGCACACAUACACACACCAUCGACCAGAACACACACUGUUUUCUCAGACUGACUGGAGCUCCAUCCCAGCUCCCUCUGCCACGGCUUCUGUCUGUGCUCUUGAUAUUAAAAUUGUAGUUAUUUUCUUUCUAGAUCGAUUUAAUGAACAAAAUCUCGGUACAUCACUAGUCAUGAAUCAGUUUAUCUGCUCUGUUCUGGGGAUUUGAAUGUAGCUGCUACAUAGUUAAACAAUGAGGCCCUAGAUGUUAGUAGUUAAAGUAACUGUAUGAUGAUGUAAGAAGAGAAAGUGGAUUUGGACUACGUUACGUUUAGGUUUUAUUUGGUUUAGAUGUAUAACACGGUGGUCAUCAACCCUUUCUAGCAACGUGGGGUCAGUGGUAACUAACCACAAGAGUUGGGGUGAAUACUUUGUGGACAUUAUAUAGUUCAGGUGAAUCACUUAUUUUCAAAUGACCUAAGAUGGAUCCCAUGAUGCAAUCCCUGGGAUAUGAUGUUUAAAAAGCCUUUCAGUUCAGAAUCAGACCCAGAACAGGUCUAAUGGGCUAACCCAUCAGUCUGAGAAAUAUACAGAAAAUAUCACACAAAUAUUAGCCUUUAAAAGCACAAAUAGCUAACAGGAACUGUAAUGCAAACAUUGUGCAUAAACACACUCACACACAUAUACACCACACACAUUACACAAACACACACACAAUUACAUUCUCAAAGCUACUCCCUCUGCAUUCAGCCGUUGUUGUAACAUACUGUUUGAGAAUUACGUCAGCUCUUCACUGACUCUGCCUCCUCUUCCGUUUGAAUCAUUGGAGAAACAAUAUUGAACAAAUUGUGUGCCUUCUGUCGCUCCCCCAAAAAUGAGUUUAUCAAUCACUUCUAGAAUCUGAUUUGUUACAAUCAAAAAAGGGAAACGUGUUGUAUUGGUGAUCAAGCGUACCGAAACAGAUGACCUUAAUUGUAGUGCCUAAAAAAGGAUGUAUAUACAGCUUUUGCCAUGAAUCAACCCAACCGCACGCCAAGCCACACAGAUACACAGUUCUACCAUAUUUGUGCAAAUUGCUGCCCCAACAAAGCAACUUCUGGAGUCGUUGUUGCUCCCGUCAGACGAGUGGUAUAAUCAGCUACACUACAGACUCCUGGAUUCUGACUUCUUUUUUUCGUUCUUUGUAAAUUUGUUUUAACUCUUGUUUUUUCCGUCUCAGAGAGUUGUAUUUUAUACUUAAAGUGGUCCACAGUAUUUUCUCAGGGUUUAAAACAAUCGAAGAAGACAUAUAAGAAGGGUUGAAAAUGUAUUGAAAUCAAAGUUAAACCGUAAAUAUAUUAUACUAUAAAAAGGCUAUUUUAUACAUAUAAGUAUGUAUAGAAAAAGUUCCUUUGGCAAAGCUUCACUGUUUGAACUGACUACUACUGUACUGAGAGCUUUUCUCCUGUAUCAAUCGGUACACUACUACUGCUACUUCUACUACCCAACUGGCUGUCUCCUGAGUUGAUGAUGCCAAAGAACAGUGUAAAACAAACUGGGCAGCAUGCACUCACUCGGGUAGCGUCCUAAACAACACCCUAUUCCCUAGAUAGUGCACAUGGUGCCGGUUGGGACACAGCCUCACUCUCCGGUGUCACCAUGGGAUCCGCUGAAGGACAUGAAUACGGAAAUCUACCUGAUGCCAGCAGCGCUGUUCUAGUCGAUUCAAUUGGGAGUUCUGCAUUGCUCAGGCCUGCUCUGGCCUGGUGUGGCUCGGCUUUAACACCCACCACCACUAUUCCACCUUGGACCCUCCCAUUCCCUGCUCCCUUAAGGCUGUUACUUACUGGCCCUCUGUGCCACUGACCUACUCUGGACGGAGUGUCGCAGUUCCCCCCUGCCCCCUACCUGGGAAGAGUUGAAUGCUGCUGAACCGUGUGUGUGUGUGUGUGGCUGAUGGUUCAGAGCCCACUGACACCCCCAGUGCUGUUAUCACAGAGUUGGAAUGUAGAAGAUGACUAGAUUUUUGUGUUUUUGUCCGGUCCCCAAAUGGGACCCAUAUCAUAUUCAGGAUGAAACCCCCUAAAACAGUAUAUUGGUCAGGUGGCUCUGUCUGUCUGUCUGUCUGCAGCCAGUCCGGUUACUUCCUUUGGCCACUUCCUUUCCAUCCACCGUAACCCUUGGAGACAGACCAGUAUAACCAUAGAAAUAGAAUGAGUAGCACAUUCUAUUCAUUCUUACUCUAUGAUUGCAAUGUACACAAUAACAACAACCAUGCUUAUUGUUGUCUGCAGAUAGGUCGUCUGGGUGGAUGAAUAGGGUUAGCGCUGUAGUAGCCCCACCGAAUCCACCCAAACACCUAGUCGUUUACGUGUUGCUAAGACGAUGAAAUGUAAACUUGGUUUCAAUAUUCAAUAUAUACACCAAUUUAGACUAGACAGUGUUUUAGACGGAGCCCUUCAUGUACGGCCCCUAACGUAGUAGAAAACAGGUUGUUAUUAUUGGAGUGGGGCAUCUACGCCCUCUUCCUCCGCUUCCUCUCAGAAACAGUAGGCUGCCAUUUUAGUGAGGUGGUGAGGUCUUUUAGUCCAGCAGGCAGCAGGUGACUGCACUUUUCAUACAGAUUAUAGAUGGAUGGAGGGAUAGAUGAUAUUAUAUCCUCGAUGGACAGUAAUAUCCGACAGAGUACCUAUGGAUUACUAUUAUCCUCCUCAAGCAGGGUUUCUUUGCCCCAUUCCUGAGCACCCACAGGGUUGCGUGUUUUGUUCCAGCCCACACUAACACACCUGAUACAGAUCAUCAAAUUGAUGAUCAGUUGAAUUUAGGAUGUGUUAGUGCUGAGCUGGAACAAAACAUACAUUCGGACGGUUGGUCCCCUGAAAUAGGGUUGAGAAAGGAUGUUUUGGUGUAGCUGUGGAUGAAUGUCCUAGUGCUGUCUCCGUACCACCUAGGAACUGCUGCUGCUGUUGUUGUUGUUGUCGUUUGUGGCGUGAAAAGGCCAUCAGCACACUAACAGAACACAACGAUGACGUCAUUGAUGAGAAGGAUCUCCUCUUCUGUGUUAGUUGCUUCCUCCCAUAGGGAACUGGUUCAAGGCUGUAGUAGUUCGACUGCCGUUUACCUAUCUGGUUUUUGUAUGCACCAACAAUAGUAUAUAAUACUGUACUAGAGACCGUUUUGUUUCCUUGUUAAAAGCCUUCAAGCUGUUUUUGUAACGCUUCUGCCGCGGCUCAUAUAACUAGAAUGCUGACUCAUAAUCAGACCAACUGCUUCCUUAUUGGCGCUUUAGCUCUCUGACAGUUGACGGACUGCUUCCACACAGUGAAGUAUGGUUCCAAUCCAACACCCACCCCACAGACUAGGGUUCUGUCUCACUCCCCUCUCUGCUUCAGUGUUCCGCCAGCCCGCCUUGACUUCUUCAUUGUUUUGAAGCACAGCAGGAUCAAAGGAACAAACUUUAAGGUCAAAUAAUGACAUGCAUGUAUAGUGGAGAGAGAGAGAGUUUGUCACUCUGCUGCUGCUUCGAGAGAGUGUUUGCGUCCUGUCCACACAGUGUACUUAAACAGGCAGGGAAUCUGAACAACACCCAUCUCUUCCUUUUUCUGUGUGUCACACAAACUCAGUGCAAACACUUCUGGUUUUACUGGAGAUCAUUUUAUUUGCAUUCUUUGCUUUGGUUUUAUACAACCAGAGAGAAAAUGAUUUGAUAAAACAAAAGGGGGAAUUGCUAAUUGCAGUUUAAAUGGUCAGGCCGGCUCCCCAGUGGGCUGAUAGUUCAGUUGGUCAGGCCGGCUCCCCUGUGGGCUGAUAGUUCAGUUGGCCAGGCCGGCUCCCCAGUGGGCUGAUAGUUCAAUUGGCCAGGCCGGCUCCCCAGUGGGCUGAUAGUUCAGUUGGCCAGGCCGGCUCCCCAGUGGACUGAUAUUUCAAUUGGCCAGGCCGGCUCCCCAGUGGACUGAUAUUUCAAUUGGCUAGGCCGGCUCCCCAGUGGGCUGAUAGUUCAGUUGGCCAGGCCGGCUCCCCAGUGGACUGAUAUUUCAAUUGGCCAGGCCGGCUCCCCAGUGGGCUGAUAGUUCAGUUGGCCAGGCCGGCUCCCCAGUGGACUGAUAUUUCAAUUGGCCAGGCCGGCUCCCCAGUGGGCUGAUAGUUCAGUUGGCCAGGCCGGCUCCCCAGUGGACUGAUAUUUCAAUUGGCCAGGCCGGCUCCCCAGUGGACUGAUAUUUCAAUUGGCCAGGCCGGCUCCCCAGUGGGCUGAUAGUUCAGUUGGCCAGGCCGGCUCCCCAGUGGACUGAUAUUUCAAUUGGCCAGGCCGGCUCCCCAGUGGACUGAUAUUUCAAUUGGCCAGGCCGGCUCCCCAGUGGGCUGAUAGUUCAGUUGGUCAGGCCGGCUCCCCUGUGGGCUGAUAGUUCAGUUGGCCAGGCCGGCUCCCCAGUGGGCUGAUAGUUCAGUUGGCCAGGCCGGCUCCCCAGUGGGCUGAUAGUUCAGUUGGCCAGGCCGGCUCCCCAGUGGGCUGAUAGUUCAGUUGGCCAGGCCGGCUCCCCAGUGGACUGAUAUUUCAAUUGGCCAGGCCGGCUCCCUUGUGGGCUGAUAGUUCAGUUGGUCAGGCCGGCUCCCCUGUGGGCUGAUAGUUCAAUUGGCCAGGCCGGCUCCCUUGUGGGCUGAUAGUUCAGUUGGUCAGGCCGGCUCCCCAGUGGACUGAUAGUUCAAUUGGCCAGGCCGGCUCCCCUGUGGGCUGAUAGUUCAAUUGGCCAGGCCGGCUCCCUUGUGGGCUGAUAGUUCAGUUGGCCAGGCCGGCUCUCCAGUGGGCUGAUAGUUCAAUUGGCCAGGCCGGCUCCCCUGUGGGCUGAUAGUUCAGUUGGCCAGGCCGGCUCCCCUGUGGGCUGAUAGUUCAGUUGGCCAGGCCGGCUCUCCUGUGGGCUGAUAGUUCAAUUGGCCAGGCCGGCUCCCCUGUGGGCUGAUAGUUCAGUUGGCCAGGCCGGCUCUCCAGUGGGCUGAUAGUUCAAUUGGCCAGGCCGGCUCCCCUGUGGGCUGAUAGUUCAGUUGGCCAGGCCGGCUCCCCUGUGGGCUGAUAGUUCAGUUGGUCAGGCCGGCUCCCCUGUGGGCUAAUAGUUCAGUUGGCCAGGCCGGCUCUCCAGUGGGCUGAUAGUUCAAUUGGCCAGGCCGGCUCUCCAGUGGGCUGAUAGUUCAGUUGGCCAGGCCGGCUCCCCUGUGGGCUGAUAGUUCAAUUGGCCAGGCCGGCUCUCCAGUGGGCUGAUAGUUCAGUUGGCCAGGCCGGCUCUCCAGUGGGCUGAUAGUUCAGUUGGCCAGGCCGGCUCCCCAGUGGGCUGAUAGUUCAAUUGGCCAGGCCGGCUCCCUUGUGGGCUGAUAGUUCAGUUGGCCAGGCUGGCUCCCUUGUGGGCUGAUAGUUCAGUUGGCCAGGCCGGCUCUCCAGUGGGCUGAUAGUUCAGUUGGCCAGGCCGGCUCCCCAGUGGGCUGAUAGUUCAAUUGGCCAGGCCGGCUCCCUUGUGGGCUGAUAGUUCAGUUGGCCAGGCCGGCUCUCCAGUGGGCUGAUAGUUCAAUUGGCCAGGCCGGCUCCCUUGUGGGCUGAUAGUUCAGUUGGCCAGGCCGGCUCUCCAGUGGGCUGAUAGUUCAAUUGGCCAGGCCGGCUCCCCUGUGGGCUGAUAGUUCAGUUGGCCAGGCCGGCUCUCCAGUGGGCUGAUAGUUCAAUUGGCCAGGCCGGCUCCCUUGUGGGCUGAUAGUUCAGUUGGCCAGGCCGGCUCCCCUGUGGGCUGAUAGUUCAAUUGGCCAGGCCGGCUCCCUUGUGGGCUGAUAGUUCAGUUGGCCAGGCCAGCUCUCCAGUUGACUGAACAGCGUGCAGCUGAAGCCUGGAAGAGACCUUUUGUUCUCUCACUUCCUCCAUGGAGAACGCUCACAGGAAACUAACCCCUGUUCUCUGGCAGCACAGUGGCCGGGUCUCAAAUGGUACAAUAUUCCUUUUAUAGUGUACUACAGGCCCUGGUCAAAAGUAGUGCACUAUCAAGAAAAUAGGAUGCCAUUUGGGAUGCACACAAACUAUUUCUGACCAGCAGGGUCACAGAAUGUGUUGCUCUCAUUAAAACCAAUAGUUCCCCUCCAGAAGUUAGAGGCUCAAACUUUAAAAUAAAAUAAAAAUGUAAUCCAAUGACAUUUCAAAUGUUUUUUGCGAUGUUCAUUUCCUGACCUGUAUGCACUUAUGAGUCCAUUUCCAGGAGAUAAGGUUUAAUAUUCAGAACCACAGCUGCUCCUCCUAAGGUUGGGCCAAUUUACCAUUAGUGUCUCUGCAAGCGAGCCAAGCUCAGAUUUUUUGCAGUUUUUGUAACUGAUCUGGCAUCACUUUUCUGCCUCCAAAUUCAGGCUACAUCCCAAAUGGCACUGUAUUCUCUAUGAAGUGCACUACUUUUGACCAGGGCCCUUAGGGCUCUGGUCAAAAGUAUUGCACUAGGGAACAGGGUGACAUUUGGGAUGUUAAGUCUCUAAAUACCUGUCCUGUAUCUCCUACUGGUCACAUCCAUCAUUUUGAUAGGAGUCAGUGAUCUCUCUUAUCAAAGCAGACACUGACAUGGUUUCCUCCUCCCUCCUCCACCUGCCUGUGUUAUUUGUCCUUAAAAGGCGCUGAAAUCUACUGCUGCCGUGUACAAUUCAAUUCCUCACCCAUUUUGGCUCUAUCUGCAUCAGUUCUACAAUACGAUAAUAUGAAUGUUGCAGGAGUUUAUCCUGCUGUAUUUUUUGUUUCAAAGAAUAUUGUGCCAUUUGUUAAUAGCAAAUAUAAAUAUUGAACAUAUAUUAAAAAGAAAAGCUAUUUUAAAUUAUUUUGGGGCUUUUUUUGCAAUAUUUAUUUUCUUGUAUUAGAAUCUUCUUUGUAGGAGGAAAAAUUAAACAUUGUAUUUUUCAUUAGUGCAAAAACCUAUUUUUCCUUUUUGUACAAUUUCAAUGUUAAGCAAAACAUUAAAAAGCAAUAUGAUGUUCCAUGUGACUGUAUCUGCAUGCUGUUUGUGUUGCCUUGACGACGGCUGCGUCCACUAUGACCCUGUUCCCCCCUCCUCCCCCCGGCACUCUAGAGUGGUUGACCAGUGUAGUCAAUAAAGCAGUGCUUUCUGUGUA